AUGCCAGAAAGAAUUUCAUAUUUUGAACUUCUACAAGCAACUAACGGGUACAAUAAAAGCAAUUUGCUGGGGACCGGAAGCUUCGGAUCUGUUUAUAGAGGUACUCUUGACGAUGGAAGGGCUGUGGCUAUUAAAGUGUUCAAUUUACAAGUCGAUGGAGCAUUCAAGAGUUUUGAUGUAGAAUGUGAGGUGUUGCGCAAUCUUCGCCAUCGAAACCUCACAAGAGUCAUCAGUAGUUGCUCUAAUCCUGACUUUAAGGCAUUAGUGCUUGAGUUCAUGCCUAAUGGGAGUCUCGAGAAGUGGUUGUAUUCACACAACUGUUUUCUGGAUCUGAUGCAGAGAUUGGACAUAUUGAUUGAUGUGGCCUGUGCAUUGCAAUAUCUCCACUGUGAGUAUGCAACUCCAGUAAUUCAUUGUGAUCUGAAGCCAAGUAAUGUGCUGCUGGAUCAAGACAUGGUUGCCCAUCUAAGUGAUUUUGGCCUUACAAAGUUGUUGGGCGAGAAAAACAGCAUAACAUACACCGAAACACUAGCCACACUUGGCUAUCUCGCACCAGAGUAUGGGUUGGAAGGAUUGGUAUCAGCAAAAUGCGACAUCUACAGUUUUGGAAUCAUGAUAAUGGAAGUCUUCACGAGAACAAAUCCCAACAGUGAAAUGUUUGGUGAAAAAUUGAGCCUGAAGAGCUGGGUGGCUAAUUCAAUACCUGAUAGAUUAGCUAAUGUCACCGAUGCUAAUUUGCUAAAGAAGAGUGAUAAAUGCAUUGGUGAAAAGCUAAGCUGCAUAGCCUCGAUCAUGAAAGUGGCUCUGGGCUGCACAAUGGAGUCUCCAAAAGAGAGAAGCAACAUACAAGAUGUUCUUGUUGCGAUGAAAAAGAUCAAGCUUCAGUACACGAGUCCCCUCUAUUCAGGGGCUUAA